AUGACCUUCUUAACAUUACCUAAAAUAGCUUCGUUAAUUCCAAGCCAACCGAUCGAUCGUUCCACAUUUAAAAUACCACGUAACAUCAAACUAGCAGAUCCGAAUUUUUAUCAUCCAGCACCGAUCGAGGCUCUUCUAGGUGUCGGAACCGCGCUGUCUUUAUUAUGCAUUGGACAGAUCAAUAUUUCUCCUCCGAAUGGCCCCGACCUAUACCUACAAAAAACAAGAUUAGGAUGGGUAAUCGGGGGGAGCACACCAGCCACCAAUCCAACAAGCAGCACGUCUUGCCACACGACCACCGCACUACAAACGGACAUCGCCAAAUUUUGGGAGAUCGAGGAAGGACCACAGGUCCAGCGUCUUUCCAAAUCUGAAGAGGCCUGUGAGACGCAUUUCUGCAAAAACACGAAACGAGAUGCAGAAGGACGAUAUGUCGUGGCACUGCCUUUCAACGGAAGGGAACAACAACUUGGAGAAUCGAAGUCCAGAGCUACCAAAAGAUUCCUCUCAUUAAAACGGAAGCUUCAACAGGAACCAGAGACGAAACAACAGUAUCACGAGGUGAUGCAAGAAUACAUCGAUCUCGGACACAUGUCAAGGGUUGGAACCGAUCAAACAACCAACGGAUUUUAUUUGCCACACCACGGAGUAAAAAAAAAUCACGAGCCAAACGACAAAACUUCGAGUGGAGAUAUCGAGAAGAUGUAUAGACAGAUCAUGGUAUGCCCCGAAGACCGUAAGUACCAACGCGUCCUAUGGCGUGAUCCUAACGGAGAGAUCGCCGCGUACCAACUCAACACCGUCACGUUUGGAUUAUCCGCCGCACCAUUUCUCGCUAUACGUUGCCUCAAGCAACUAGCCGAAGACGAGGGACACCGUUUUCCCCACGCCUCCACAAUAUUAAAAAGGGAUUUUUACGUAGAUGAUGCUCUCACCGGAACCUCAACCAUUGAAGAAGGGCUAGUCUUAAGUAAAAAUCUCACCCGUCUAUUAAAACUCGCAGAUAUGAAAAUUCGUCAAUGGGCGUCGAACGACAGACGAUUACUCCAAGGACUAUCAGAGGAUCACAUUAACAGCAAGCUCCAUCUAGGCGAAUCUUCUACCGUCAAAACACUUGGAAUUUACUGGAAUUCGUCCGACGACAGUAUUGGUUACGCAGUAUCAACCACCGCCGACACAACCCGUAUAACGAAGCGAUCCAUCAGUUCAGAAAUAGCAAAAAUUUACGACCCAUUAGGACUCCUUGGACCAGUCAUCAUCCUCGCAAAGCUGUUGCUUCAACGGAUCUGGACCAUGAAGAUUGACUGGGACGAGUCUCUUCCCAUACUGAGUGGACGAACUACUACACUCAACUGCCGCUCCUGA